AUGGCCCGAAGAUAUGACAGUCGAACAACAAUAUUCUCUCCGGAAGGCCGGCUUUACCAAAUCGAAUAUGCCAUGGAAGCCAUUUCACACGCAGGAACAGUCCUCGGCGUACUCGCAAAGGACGGUGUCGUCCUGGCCGCUGAGAAACGUGUGACAGGGAAACUCCUUGAUCUUUCCAGCGCAAAGGAAGGCGGGGGCUACGGCGGCAGUGGGGAAAAGAUGUUCUUAUUAAACUCAAAUGUAAUCGGAGGCGUUGCAGGCAUCACGUCCGAUGCGAAUUCGCUAGUGAACUACGCGCGCACUGUGGCACAACAACAUCUUUUGCAGUAUAAUGAUGAUAUACCAGUUGAGCUUCUUGCACAGCGAUUGUGCGAUCUGAAACAAGGAUACACGCAAUUUGGAGGCUAUGACCCACAUUAUCAUUUCCAAUUGUACCAUUCCGAUCCAUCUGGCAACUACUCCGGGUGGAAGGCAACAUGCAUCGGGGCGAACAAUGGCACAGCACAGAGUUUACUCAAACAAGAAUACAAAGACGAUUUGGGCGUCGAGGAAGCUAUAGGGCUCGUGUUGAGGGUAAUGAGCAAGACGAUGGAUAGCACGACUCUUGGAAGCGAAAAGCUCGAAUUUGCAGUCCUCACGUAUGACCAAGUAGCGAAAGCACCAAAAGCCAAGAUCUAUAAACCUGCAGAAAUUGAUGCUCUGCUUCGGGCGGAAGGGCUUGCGAAGAAGGAUGAGGAUACAGAGAUGAAGUAA